AUGGCCUCCACGCAUCAGCAACUUCUUUAUAUUCCCGACUUCUUGUCCAUCUGUAACCUUCCCUCCAACACCCAUCCACUGGAGGACGUGGUGCGAAGAGAAACCGAAGAGUGGAUACGCAGCUACGGCCUCUUCAGCGAUGAUCAAUGGGAGAAAUUCCUGAGGUCGGACGUUCCGCGUUUCGCAUCGCGAACAUUCCCUUAUGCGGGGUAUGAGAAGUUGAGAAAUUGUACCGACUUCUGCCUCCUCGUGUUUGCGCUUGACGACAUCACGGACGACGAGGACAAAAAUAAAGGAACGCUUACAAGCAAAGAAUCUGUCGACGCAAUGCAGAGCGAUAUUACAAGAUCUUCGUCUGCAGGAGAGCGGAUGAUCAAAGAUUACCGAGCUCGUUUCUUCAAAUCCGUUGGGCCAACUCUUUGGAGGAGGUUUUUGCAAGACUGGGAGGCAACGUUUAAGGCUUUGCCCAAGGAGCUUGAACUUCGUGAAUCCAACGAAGUACUAUCGAUUAAGGAAUACACCCUAGUUCGCCGAGAAAAUUGCGCGUUGCGCGUGGGCUUCACACAUAUCGAGUAUGCCCUUGGAAUCGAACUUCCCGACGAGGUAUACGAAAAUUCAGUCUUCAACGAGAUGUAUUUGGCUGUGUUGGACAUGAGCUGGUUGUCGAACGACGUGCACUCCUACGGAAAGGAACUCGCGAAAGGGCACGGGAGGUGGAAUUACCUCAGCGUUGUCAUGCAGGAGCUGUCAAUAGAUCUCCAAGCCGCAGCGGAUUAUAGUGGAAUCAAGUUCCGCGAGCUCUAUGAUCGCUUUAUGGAUGGGAGGUCACGUUUGCCCUUGCGGGGAAAGCCAUUGGAUUCCGAUAUUGUGGCGUUCUUUGAGGCGCUAGGUAUUUGGCUCGCCGGAAAUCUACAGUGGAGCUUUGAGAUGCCGAGAUAUUUCGGUGCUCACUGUGAUGAUGUCAAGCUUACGCAUAUUGUAGACCUCGGAAGUUUUAGGAAGAGUUAG